AUGGAAAGAUUACCGGCAGAUCUUUGUCUUAAGAUAUUCUGUUGGUUAGAUCAUCAGAACCUUGCAACUGCUCAACAAGUUUGCAAGAAGUGGAAGUUCUUGGCCUCAGACAACAAGCUAUGGUCUAACCUCUUCAAAGAGAGAUGGGGAGAAGAUGGUGCAGCAUUCUAUGAGCCUGAUGAAUCAAAAACGUGGAAAGGUGUGUUUGAGGUGCAAGACCGUGGUGAUCGAGUUGGAUUGGGGCUGAAGAUAAUCAGAGAAGGUGAUGACUACUAUCUUGUUCACCAAGGUCAAAUCCAUCGGUAUUUGGGUUCUAGGAGACAAAGGACCAGCACAGACCACUGCCCUCUAAAUUCAAAAGGAAAGCUUGUGGGAGAUGAAUCUCUGAAAGAAGAGGAACCCAGCCGAGGCAUUUUGGACCAAAUGCUUUUCUUCAUUGGAGACCUGGAAGUUGCUUCUACUGAUGCUAAACGCAGUCGGGUUCAAUGA